AUGAGCAACAGCUCCAACACCACACAGAACUUUGACACCUUUGAAGAGGCUCUGUCCAAAAAUCUGACCGUGGUGCUGUGUGGGCUCUUCAUCUUCUACGUCAAUGGGGCCCUCGUACGCAUCUACUUCAGUGCGCCCUCUUUCAGCCAGGAGGCCCGCUACGUGCUCUACAUCCAUCUGGUGCUUAACGACAUGCUGCUGGUGAUGUUCAGUGUUCUGCUGCACGUGCUGGCCUACCAGCCUGGUGCCAUCAGGGUGCCUCUCUGCUACAUUCUGGUGUUGGCCAGCGGCACCACCUUCCGGAACACUCCGCUCAUUCUGGCCGGCAUGGCGGUGGAGCGAUUCGUGGCCGUGUGUCUGCCCCUCCACCACGGCCACCUCUGCACGGCCGACCGGGCGCGUGUCUUCAACGCCGCCACGUGGUGCGUGAGCUCAAUCCCAAGCCUUGCCGACCUGUUCUUAUCCCUGAGCGAGCGCUCCCUGCAGUUCUACAUAUCGGACAUCCUGUGCUACCAUGCAAACCUCUUCAUCUCGCCACUCCAUCAGGUGAUCAGCGCAGCAGGCAAUGGCAUUUGCAUGGCCUUUGUGUGGGCGACUCUGUUCUACACGUAUGUGCAUGUUCUCUGCGCAGCCCGAGCGGUCAGUUCAAAGGGUCAAGCCCAAAAGGCCCAGCGCACCAUACUGCUGCACGCCUCCCAGCUGCUGCUCUGCAUGCUGUCCUACAUCAGCCCUGUGUUCGACAGGAUCCUGAUCAGCAUGUUCCCACUGUUGCCCACCAAGGUGCUCUUUGGCAGCUUUGUGGUGGCCCACCUGCUGCCCCGGGUGCUGAGUCCGCUCAUCUACGGCAUAAGGGACAAGGCCUUCAAGAAACACCUCAAGGGUGCACUGCUCUGCCAAAGGGGCACCAGCACCAUCAAAGUCCAUGUUUAG